UCUCUGCUUGCAAUUCUGUAUACACGUUGUGCAAGCUACUAUAGCUAGUCUAUAGUUGUUGAGUUGGUAUCGCCUUCACAGCUGCAUGGUGCCAUGUCUGCAAUUCUACUGAGAGCUUUUGCUCUGUGCCUGCUUGUACAGGCAGUCAAGUCUCAAAUACUGAGUAUCGACGCUCAGCCAUUAGACCAAACAGUCGAUGUGAGUGGAACUGCUACAUUCUCUGUAGCAGCUACAGGUGCAACAGGUUUUGAAUGGUUUUUCGCUAGUAAUUCCCUUUCCGAUGGUGGGGGCAUCACUGGAGCCACUACUAAUAUGUUGACACUUGCAAAUGUGGUACAAGCAGAUGCAGGCAAUUAUUUUGUAAGUGUAUCAGACUCGGAUGGUGACUCGAUUGACUCUAAUCCUGCCACUCUAACCGUUGAGUGUGUAUCUAUUGCAACAGCACCCGUGUCUGUUGGAGCCGAUCCUGGAGGUACUGCAAUGUUUACGGUUAUGUUGAAUAGCCCUGAUGGUGUGACCUUCCAAUGGCUUAAGGACACUGCUGCACUGACUAAUACUGGCCAGUAUUCUGGAGUGGAUACUGACACGCUGACCAUUAGUAAUGUAGAUGGUUCUUUUGAUGGAGAGUACAGUGUUGAACUGAGUCGUUCCACACCAGAAAGUUGUACCGUUGAAUCUCCCACAGCAACGCUUACUGUCUGCGUAUCUAUCACAACAGCACCCAUAUCUAUGAUACUUCUUCCUGGAGAUACUGCAAUGUUCACAAUUGUGCUGGAUACUGAUAAUGGUGUAACGUACCAAUGGCGUUCGAAUAUGGGUGUCACUUCACUAUCUGAUAUUGGCCCGUAUUCUGGUGUGAACACUCCAACUUUGAUCAUUACUGAUGUGGACAAUUCCCUUGAAGGAGAUUACAGCGUUCAAACAAGUCGUCUUAUACUUAGCCCUUUUUUUUUUUGCUCAACUGAGACUCUUGCAGUAUUUCUUAUUGUCCUGGACCCUCCCACUAUCACUGUGCAACCUAUGAGCAUGACAGUGGCUAGGGGAUCUGAUGUAAUUUUCAGCGUCAUAGCAACUUCAGAGGAUAAUGUACUCACGUAUCAGUGGCUUAGAAACGGGGAAGACAUAGUCUCUGGUAGAGACUCAACUUUUCAAUUAAUGGACGUAAAUGAUGUAGAUGAAGGAGUCUGGUCGGUGGAAGUAACCAACUCUAUGAUGCUCUUGACCACAUCUAGCGGUGCAAUUCUAACAGUCAUUGAGCCACCUAUCAUCGACACUGAUCCUGUCAAUGAUAUAGUCCCAAUUGGACAAACAGCUACCUUCUCUGUCAGUGCUUCUGGAGAGGGGACUCUUACUUACCAGUGGCUGUCUGAUGGAGCACCCCUCAGUGAUGUACCUGGAAAGAUUUCUGGCAGUGAUACCAACUCCUUGGCGAUUAUUAAUGUCCAACCUGAUGACACUACUCAGAGCUAUUCUGUGGUUGUAUCAAACGGCUUGAGUGUCACAUCUGUCACAGUCACUCUGGAAAUAUUGGUCCCACCAACCAUCAUGGCACAUCCAACUGAUCAAUUGAACAUUGUUGUCGGAGGCCCUGCCACUUUUACUGUUAUUGCAUCUGGAGCUGUCGUUUAUGAAUGGCGAAAAGAUGGUGUUGCUAUUAACAACAGUGUUCGAAUCACAGGAGCUGACACGGCUAUGCUUAGUAUCAGUAGCAUUGCCACGGGUGAUGAAGGGAACUAUAACGUGUUCAUAAUGAACGAUGCUGGUGACGCAACCUCCACUGUUGCAAUGCUCUCAAUACUUGCACCUCCGACAAUAACUAAUGACCCAGAUGACUUGAUAGUCGCUAGUGGCAACGAUGCAGUGUUCAUGGUGAUGACAACAGGAGAACUCCUCUCGUUUGAAUGGUUUAAAGAUAAUGAUACUAGUGCCCUUUCUAACACUGGUAAUAUUGGAGGGGCAACAACAAACACUCUGACAUUGUCACCUGUUGAUGUCAGUGAUGCUGGAAUGUACCGUGUUGAAGUGUCCAACAUUGCCGACUUAGUCACUUCCAGUGCAGCUAGUCUAACUGUUGUUACCAUGCCGAUGAUAUCUAGCCAUCCAAUGGACUUGGUGAAUGUCAGUGCCGGUAUUGAUGUGAGCUUCUCUGUCACUGCUACUGGAGGAGAGCUGGUUUAUCAAUGGAUGAAAGAUGGAGUGGAUAUUUUUAAUACCCCAUUUAGAUACACCGGCACGGACAGUAACUCUCUGACAGUGCUAAGUGUGAACGAUCCUGAUGAUGAGGGUGCUUACUCAGUAACCGUGGGUAAUGUUGCAGGGACUGUCCCCUCAAAUGAGGCUACGCUCUCUAUAGGUGACUGUGCUCCACUGACUGAUCCUUCUGGAGGUACCAUAUCAUAUUCUACUGGUACCCUUAGCAACGAUAACUAUGCGACUGGAACGGUAGCAGUCUACAGCUGCACUCUGGGAGAGCUGUUCAAUGGAGACGCCACAAGACAUUGUCUAGCUGGGGGUGCUUGGACUGGAAGCGAACCAAGUUGCUCAGUUGGCUGUCCUCAACUUAGCUUGCCAAUCGAUGUUGCAAUAACCUAUUCUACUGAUGCUAACACCAAUGCAAACUAUGUCAUUGGAACGUCAGCUUCAUUCGUCUGUACCGUUACUGGUGAUGGUUUAAACGGUGUCUCCAAUGUUAUGUGUGAGUUAGAUAUGGGGGGACCUGCAGUGGACUGGAGUGACGAGUCACCGACAUGUAACGCCAUAACCUGCCCUGCUCUGACAGACCCAAGUGACGGCAGUAUUGACUAUACAGCUGACAGAGAUGAAGAAGGCACCUAUGCAUUUGAUGUAAUGGCCACUUACAGCUGUAACAUUGGGUUUGUUCUGGUUGGUUGUAAAUCAAGGACUUGUACUGGAGAUGGGACAAGUGACGUUGGUGCUUUCGAUGGAGUAGCUCCAACUUGUAACCCUAUCCAGUGCCCAGCUUUACCUGGCAUCGACAAUGCAAUCAUCAGCUACAAUUCUGUUGGCACUGAUUCGUUUUUGUUUAACACUGCGGCCACUCACAUUUGUGACAAUGGCUACUUCCUGAGCGAUGGGAGUAAUAUGAGGGUGUGUGGGGGAGUCGACUCUAGUACUGCUGGUAUGUGGAGUGGUACUGCUCCCACGUGUACCGCCAUAACCUGCCCUGCUCUUGCUACAAUUGCCAAUGGUGGACUAGUGGAUUACGGUACCGACGUACUGAGUGAGAUGGGCAUGCUUCCCUUUAAUACUACAGGGAACUAUACGUGCAUCACUGAGUAUGCUCCUAGGGAUGGUGUCACGGUGACAAGGACAUGCCAUGAAGACUUGAAUAGUGAUUCUGGAGGCUCGUUUGAUGGAGUUGAAGCAGUUUGUGUGUCCAUUAUGUGCCCUGAUCUGCCGAACCCAGCUAAUGGAAGAGUUACCUUCUCAGCAGACGGUCUAGCUCCGUUCAUGUUGGCUACCGUGGCGACCUACAGCUGCGAGCCAGGCUAUGCACUGAGUAGUACAGAUACAAGAACUUGUGUGGAUGAAUCUGGUGAAACAAAUCCUGUCGGUACAUGGGAUGGUGAUGCCCCUACUUGCUCCGCCAUCCAGUGCUCGGAUUUACCUGACAUCAGCAAUGGUGACAUCAGCUAUGACACUGCUGCUGUUGGCCCGUUUUCGUUUAACACCCUAGCCACUCACACUUGUGACAAUGGCUACUUCUUGAGUAAUGGAAGUGAUGUGAGGGUGUGUGGGGGAAACGACUCUAGUACUACUGGAAUGUGGAAUGGCUUUACUCCCACAUGUACAGCCAUAACCUGUCCUGCUCUUGCAUCAAUUGCCAAUGGUGGAGAUGUGGAUUACGGCACCGACUCACCUGAUGUGAAUGAUAUGCUUCACUUUGGUACCACGGGGAACUAUACGUGCAUCACUGAGUAUGCCCCUAGGGACGGUGUUACAGUGACAAGGACAUGCCGCGUAGACAUGAAUAGUGAUUCUGGAGGCUUGUUUGAUGGAGUUGAAGCAGUUUGUGUGUCCAUUAUGUGUCCUGAUCUGCCGGAUCCAAAUAACGGAAGAGUUACCUUCUCAGCAGACGGUCUAGCUCCGUUCGUGCUGGCUACCGUGGCGACCUACAGCUGCGACCCAGGCUAUGGACUGAGUAGCACAGUCACAAGAACUUGUGUGGAUGAAUCUGGUGAAACAGAUCCUGUCGGUACAUGGGAUGGUGAUGCCCCUACUUGCUCCGCUAUCCAGUGCUCGGAUUUACCUGACAUCAGCAACGGUGACAUCAGCUAUGACACUGCUGCUGUUGGCCCGUUUUCGUUUAACACCCUAGCCACUCACACUUGUGACAAUGGCUACUUCUUGAGUAAUGGAAGUGAUGUGAGGGUGUGUGGGGGAAAUGACUCUAGUACUGCUGGAAUGUGGAAUGGCUUUGGUCCCACAUGUACAGCCAUAACCUGCCCUGCUCUUGCAUCAAUUGCCAAUGGUGGACUUGUGGAUUACGGCACCGAAUCACCUGAUGCGAAUGACAUGCUUCCCUUUGGCGCCACGGGAAACUAUACGUGCAUCACUGAGUAUGCCCCUAGGGACGGUGUCACAGUGACAAGGACAUGCCGUGUAGACUUGAAUAGUGAUUCUGGAGGCUCGUUUGAUGGAUUUGAAGCAGUUUGUGUGUCCAUCAUGUGCCCUGAUCUGCCGGACCCAGCUAACGGAAGAGUUACCUUCUCAGCAGACGGUCUAGCUCCGUUCGUGUUGGCUACCGUGGCGACCUACAGCUGUGAGCCAGGCUAUGGACUGAGUAGUACAGAUACAAGAACUUGUGUAGAUGAAUCUGGUGAAACAGAUCCUGUCGGUACAUGGGAUGGUGAUGCCCCUACUUGCUCCGCUAUCCAGUGCUCGGAUUUGCCUGACAUCAGCAAUGGUGACAUCAGCUAUGACACUGCUGCUGUUGGCCCGUUUUCGUUUAACACCCUAGCCACUCACACUUGUGACAAUGGCUACUUCUUGAGUAAUGGAAGUGAUGUGAGGGUGUGUGAGGGAAAUGACUCUAGUACUGCUGGAAUGUGGAAUGGCUUUGCUCCCACAUGUACAGCCAUAACCUGCCCUGCUCUUGCAUCAAUUGCCAAUGGUGAACUUGUGGAUUACGGCACCGAAUCACCUGAUGUGAAUGACAUGCUUCCCUUCGGUGCCAUGGGAAACUAUACGUGCAUCACUGAGUAUGCCCCUAGGGACGGUGUCACAGUGACAAGAACAUGCCGUGUAGACUUGAAUAGUAAUUCUGGAGGCUCGUUUGAUGGAGUUGAAGCAGUUUGUGUGUCCAUCAUGUGUCCUGAUCUGCCGGACCCAGCUAACGGAAGAGUUACCUUCUUAGCAGACGGUCUAGCUCCGUUCGUGUUGGCUACCGUGGCGACCUACAGCUGUGAGCCAGGCUAUGGACUGAGUAGUACAGAUACAAGAACUUGUGUGGAUGAAUCUGGUGAAACAGAUCCUGUCGGUACAUGGGAUGGUGAUGCCCCUACUUGCUUCGCUAUCCAGUGCUCGGAUUUGCCUGACAUCAGCAAUAGUGACAUCAGCUAUGACACUGCUGCUGUUGGCCCGUUUUCGUUUAACACCCUAGCCACUCACACUUGUGACACUGGCUACUUCUUGAGUAAUGGGAGUGAUGUGAGGGUGUGUGAGGGAAAUGACUCUAGUACUACUGGAAUGUGGAAUGGCUUUACUCCCACAUGUACAGCCAUAACCUGCCCUGCUCUUGCAUCAAUUACCAAUGGUGGAGAUGUGGAUUACGGCACCGACUCACCUGAUGUGAAUGACAUGCUUCCUUUCGGUGCCAUGGGAAACUAUACGUGCAUCACUGAGUAUGCCCCUAGGGACAGUGUCAAUGUGACAAGGACAUGCAGUGUAGACUUGAAUAGUGAUUCUGGAGGCUCGUUUGAUGGAUUUGAAGCAGUUUGUGUGUCCAUCAUGUGCCCUGAUCUGCCGGACCCAGCUAACGGAAGAGUUACCUUCUCAGCAGACGGUCUAGCUCCUUUCGUGUUGGCUACCGUGGCGACCUACAGCUGUGAGCCAGGCUAUGGACUGAGUAGUACAGAUACAAGAACUUGUGUGGAUGAAUCUGGUGAAACAGAUCCUGUCGGUACAUGGGAUGGUGAUGCCUCUACUUGCUCUGCUAUCCUGUGCUCGGAUUUACCUGACAUCAGCAAUGGUGACAUCAGCUAUGACACUGCUGCUGCUGGCCCGUUUUCAUUUAACACCCUAGCCACUCACACUUGUGACAAUGGCUACUUCUUGAGUAAUGGAAGUGAUGUGAGGGUGUGUGGGGGAAAUGACUCUAGUACUGCUGGAAUGUGGAAUGGCGUUGCUCCCACAUGUACAGCCAUAACCUGCCCUGCUCUUGCAUCAAUUACCAAUGGUGGAGAUGUGGAUUACGGCACCGACUCACCUGAUGUGAAUGACAUGCUUCACUUUGGUACCACGGGGAACUAUACGUGCAUCACUGAGUAUGCCCCUAGGGACGGUGUUACAGUGACAAGGACAUGCCGCGUAGACAUGAAUAGUGAUUCUGGAGGCUUGUUUGAUGGAGUUGAAGCAGUUUGUGUGUCCAUCAUGUGCCCUGAUCUGCCGGACCCAGCUAACGGAAGAGUUACCUUCUCAGCAGACAGUCUAGCUCCGUUCGUGUUGGCUACCGUGGCGACCUACAGCUGUGAGCCAGGCUAUGGACUGAGUAGCACAGUCACAAGAACUUGUGUGGAUGAAUCUGGUGAAACAGAUCCUGUCGGUACAUGGGAUGGUGAUGCCCCUACUUGCUCUGCUAUCCAGUGCUCGGAUUUACCUGACAUCAGCAAUGGUGACACCAGCUAUGACACUGCUGCUGUUGGCCCGUUUUCGUUUAACACCCUAGCCACUCACACUUGUGACACUGGCUACUUCUUGAGUAAUGGGAGUGAUGUGAGGGUGUGUGAGGGAAAUGACUCUAGUACUACUGGAAUGUGGAAUGGCUUUACUCCCACAUGUACAGCCAUAACCUGCCCUGCUCUUGCAUCAAUUACCAAUGGUGGAGAUGUGGAUUACGGCACCGACUCACCUGAUGUGAAUGACAUGCUUCCUUUCAGUGCCAUGGGAAACUAUACGUGCAUCACUGAGUAUGCCCCUAGGGACGGUGUCAAUGUGACAAGGACAUGCCGUGUAGACUUGAAUAGUGAUUCUGGAGGCUCGUUUGAUGGAUUUGAAGCAGUUUGUGUGUCCAUCAUGUGCCCUGAUCUGCCGGACCCAGCUAACGGAAGAGUUACCUUCUCAGCAGACGGUCUAGCUCCUUUCGUGUUGGCUACCGUGGCGACCUACAGCUGUGAGCCAGGCUAUGGACUGAGUAGUACAGAUACAAGAACUUGUGUGGAUGAAUCUGGUGAAACAGAUCCUGUCGGUACAUGGGAUGGUGAUGCCCCUACUUGCUCCGCUAUCCUGUGCUCGGAUUUACCUGACAUCAGCAAUGGUGACAUCAGCUAUGACACUGCUGCUGUUGGCCCGUUUUCAUUUAACACCCUAGCCACUCACACUUGUGACAAUGGCUACUUCUUGAGUAAUGGAAGUGAUGUGAGGGUGUGUGGGGGAAAUGACUCUAGUACUGCUGGAAUGUGGAAUGGCGUUGCUCCCACAUGUACAGCCAUAACCUGCCCUGCUCUUGCAUCAAUUACCAAUGGUGGAGAUGUGGAUUACGGCACCGACUCACCUGAUGUGAAUGACAUGCUUCACUUUGGUACCACGGGGAACUAUACGUGCAUCACUGAGUAUGCCCCUAGGGACGGUGUUACAGUGACAAGGACAUGCCGCGUAGACAUGAAUAGUGAUUCUGGAGGCUUGUUUGAUGGAGUUAAAGCAGUUUGUGUGUCCAUCAUGUGCCCUGAUCUGCCGGACCCAGCUAACGGAAGAGUUACCUUCUCAGCAGACAGUCUAGCUCCGUUCGUGUUGGCUACCGUGGCGACCUACAGCUGUGAGCCAGGCUAUGGACUGAGUAGCACAGUCACAAGAACUUGUGUGGAUGAAUCUGGUGAAACAGAUCCUGUCGGUACAUGGGAUGGUGAUGCCCCUACUUGCUCUGCUAUCCAGUGCUCGGAUUUACCUGACAUCAGCAAUGGUGACACCAGCUAUGACACUGCUGCUGUUGGCCCGUUUUCGUUUAACACCCUAGCCACUCACACUUGUGACACUGGCUACUUCUUGAGUAAUGGGAGUGAUGUGAGGGUGUGUGAGGGAAAUGACUCUAGUACUACUGGAAUGUGGAAUGGCUUUACUCCCACAUGUACAGCCAUAACCUGCCCUGCUCUUGCAUCAAUUACCAAUGGUGGAGAUGUGGAUUACGGCACCGACUCACCUGAUGUGAAUGACAUGCUUCCUUUCGGUGCCAUGGGAAACUAUACGUGCAUCACUGAGUAUGCCCCUAGGGACGGUGUCAAUGUGACAAGGACAUGCCGUGUAGACUUGAAUAGUGAUUCUGGAGGCUCGUUUGAUGGAUUUGAAGCAGUUUGUGUGUUCAUCAUGUGCCAUGAUCUGCCGGACCCAGCUAACGGAAGAGUUACCUUCUCAGCAGACGGUCUAGCUCUGUUUGUGUUGGCUACCGUGGCGACCUACAGCUGCGAGCCAGGCUAUGGACUGAGUAGUACAGAUACAAGAACUUGUGUGGAUGAAUCUGGUGAAACAGAUCCUGUCGGUACAUGGGAUGGUGAUGCCCCUACUUGCUCCGCUAUCCUGUGCUCGGAUUUACCUGACAUCAUCAACGGUGACAUCAGCUAUGACCCUGCUGGCGAUGACCCAUUUCCGUUUAACACCCUAGCCACUCACACUUGUGACAAUGGCUACUUCUUGAGUAAUGGAAGUGAUGUGAGGGUGUGUGGGGGAAACGACUCUAGUACUACUGGAAUGUGGAAUGGCUUUACUCCCACAUGUACAGCCAUAACCUGCCCUGCUCUUGCAUCAAUUGCCAAUGGUGGACUUGUGGAUUACGGCACCGACUCACCUGAUGUGAAUGACAUGCUUCUCUUUGGUACCACGGGGAACUAUACGUGCAUCACUGAGUAUGCCCCUAGGGACGGUGUCAAUGUGACAAGGACAUGCCGUGUAGACUUGAAUAGUGAUACUGGAGGCUCGUUUGAUGGAGUUGAAGCAGUUUGUGUGUCCAUCAUGUGUCCUGAUCUGCUGGAUCCAGCUAACGGAAGAGUUAACUUCUCAGCAGAUGGUCUAGCCCCGUUCGUGUUGGCUACCAUGGCAACCUACAGCUGUGAGCCAGGCUAUGGACUGAAUAGUACAGACACAAGAACUUGUGUGGAUGAAUCUGGUGAAACAGAUCCUGUCGGUACAUGGGAUGGUGAUGCCCCUACUUGCUCUGUUAUCCAGUGCCCGGAUUUAGUAGCCAUCGACAACGGAGACAUCAGCUACAAUCCUAGGACUGGAGUGUUGGCAUUUAACACUGAGGCCACUUACACUUGUGAUAUUUUUUACACUCUAACCAAUGGUAGUGAUGUGAGGGUGUGUGGGGGAGACGACUCUAAUACCACCGGAGCCUGGAGCGGUACUGCUCCAGGAUGUUCAGCCAAUCUCCCAUUAAUCACGAGUGAGCCCAGUGACCUCCUUCUAGUUGUUGAAGGGACUGUUCAGUUUUCUGUAACUGCUGAAGGUGUUGGUUUGACUUACAAAUGGAUGAAUGGAGAUGGAGAUCUUUCUGAUAUGGUUGAUAAGAUAUCGGGUUCUACCUUGGCAACCUUGAUGAUUAUGAAUGUUAGCUUGUCUGAUGUCAAUGGCUAUUCAGUCCGAGUUAGUAACAGUGCUGGUGACGUUGAUUCAUUCACAGCAAAUCUAAUCACAACCUCUAGUUACCAAGUUACUCUUAGCAACAGCUCAGUACUGGAAACUAUAGAAAGCAGCCAGGCUAGCAUUCUGUAUCAAGCAACUCUGUCAAGAAUCAAUGGAACACCAAUUCAGCAAUUACCUGCCGUGGUCUCAGUUACACUGGUUGCCGAGGGGACACCCUCGAACAUAAUUUCUGAGGAAGGUGUUGAUUUCAGCAUUGGACCUCUCACGGUCACAUUUGGUCCGUGUGACCCUUGCACCCCAGACCACCUGCAGAGGGAGGCACAGCUGUGUGUGAAGGAUGACGACGAUUUGGAGUUUCAGCAUUUGUUCACUCUUAGUGUUGAUUUAGCAUCAACAAACCCCUCAGGGAUAACCGCAGGAGACCCCCUGCAGAUCACCAUUACUGAUGAUGAGCAAUCGACUGUUGGUGUAACAUUCGACCAAGCUAACUACACUAUUGCUGAGAACAGUAGCCUCACUGUGACUGGAAGACUCACUGGACUAACAGGAGAGCUGCAAAGCAACUUCUCUCUUACACUCGAUGUUGUUGAUACAUUUAUAGAUGCCAGUGAUGUCACAAUUAACCCUUCUGAUUUGAUCAUCAAUUUCGUUGCUUUUGAAGACACAACGUUUUCUCUGACUAUUGAUGCUAACAAUGAUGACAACUUUGAAGGGUUCCACUCAUUUGUGAUAUCUCUACCGACUGACUCUGACUACAUUGCUCCUUUAGCGAGUGACACUGCCAGUACCACCGUCACCAUCAGUGACUUUGAUGAUGCUACCGUAACUGUGUCCACUGCCGUUGUCACUGGAGAUGAAGGUACCAACGUCACUGUUUGUGCUUCUGUGAUGGAUGCAUCGCCAGGCACCAUCGAUGCAGACAUUGAGCUCAGCUUUGAGCUAGUCCCUAACACUGCAGAUACCAGUGAUUAUGCUUCUGUGGGAAAUUUUUUCGUCAAUAUUGCUGGUGGUCGAGCAAAUAUCGGUUCUGAGGAUUGUGUAACUAUUAGUCUGCUGGAAGAUGACAUCCUUGAAAGUGAUCAACAAUUCUCAGCUAUUUUGUCUUCUCCCAAUGCUCGAGUUGAUGUCAGUGAAACCGUUAUUGUUAUCACCAACACAAAUAUUCCUAUGCUCAACUUCUUAUCAAACGAUCUCACGGUGGUGGAGGGAGUAGACAAAUUUGUUUUUUAUCCGCUGAGAAUCACGGACGUACCUGCUGGAGGACUGGAGGGGUUAAUCGAGUAUAAACUCAUUGUGAGUCCAAGUGGAGCAACUUUAAAUGUUGACUAUCGUGCGGACAAUCCAUCAAUAGUCUCAUUUGGUAGCCCUGGAGAGAUCACCUCACAGGCUGAACUGGAGGGAACUCUUUCUACACCAGCUCAGAUUGAGAUUCUGGAUAACAUAAUACUCGAUACGGAUGAUGAGGAUGUGAUAGUGUUCUUGCUAGCGACUGAUAACUCCAGAUCAAUGGACAUCAUCAUUGUGGACAAUGAAAGGGCUGUGGUUAGUUUUGAUGCUGUGAGCUACGCUAGUACCGAGGGCUUAUCUGUCAGUCUGGUUCUGAACCUGACGGGUAUUCCAGAAGGAGGUUUCCAGGACAACAGGCUCACUGUUACCUUGACAACUAUCGAUCAGGGGAAGACUAGGGCUAGUGACUACAACGUCCCUGUUCCGUUCCGAGUGACAUUCCCCUCGCUGACCCCGCCCUUUGCCGUGUCCGACCCACUAGUCAUCACAGCAGAGAUGGACAAUCUUUUUGAAGACACUGAAACGUUGCAAGUGAUGAUCUCUGACAUUAGCUCCCUAUACGUGAUGUGUACUGAGUGCACUGCAGACCUCACUUUCCAACAGGCUGCAGCUGACAUACCCAGUUGGAGCUUUGAAAGUCCUACCAUCAGCGAAACUGAAGGUAGCUCAGAAUUUCUGUGUGCCAUUCUGUCUGGUAUCCCUAGCAAUGGACUCGAGUGUGAUAUUGUGCUGCAGCUAACGGCAAUGCCUGGGGCUAUGAAUCAAGCUGUUGAAGGAGUAGACUUCGACCCUAACGACCUUGAAUUUGAAAUUGUGUUCGAAACCUCGAUAACCGGGUCUAUUGCAACUCGCUGUGCUUUGAUAAAUUUCACUGAUGAUGAUAUUUUAGAGAGUUCAGAGUUUUUCACUGUCACAGUCUCUUCGGUAACUCCUUCUAUCGUCAUUGGAGACACGUCGCAGAGUGUUGAAGUUCAGAUCAACGACACUGAUGCUGACACGUGUGAGCUGAGCUUCGUAUCGCUAAGUUACAGUGUGAGUGAGGACGUUGGCUCUGUUGAUGUGUGUGUCCGAACUACUGGUCUGCCCUCAGGGGGUCUGGCUGCUGACUUGGCAGUCAACUUUAAAUUUAUGGACAGCACCAAGACAAGUAUCAAUGAUAACUAUGAUCCUUUGGGUACAUCUGUGGUGUUUGAGGCUGGACUCACGGGUGAUGGUUGCAUUCAGUGUCUCAGUAUUGCUAUAGUGAAUGACACUGUUUACGAGGGAGAUGAUCAGUGGUUCAGUGUGAUGGGGGGUAAUGUGAGCCUUGGCUGUGUCUUCUCAGUGGACAAUACCGCUACCGUCUACAUUACAGAGAAUCUGGAAGAUGUUCCAUCAGUGAGCCUCGACUCUGAUCAACUGGUUGUGAUGGAGUCUGAUAAAGUAGCGAGUGUGUGUGCCACCAUCUCUAAUGUGCCUGGGGGUGGACUGGAUUGUCCAAUCAUUCUCUCUCUGUCUGCAGCACCUGGGAACAACAAACCAGCGAUCAAUGGAAUGGACUACUCUCCUCUGGGGGACUUUCAGAUUGAAUUUGGAUCUAGUUCAUUGUCCGGGGAUUCAGAGUGUGUGAAUGUGACUAUCAGCAAUGACGACUUUGUAGAGGACAGGGAAGAGUUUGUUGUCACAUUAACCAGUGUGACGCCGCAGGUGGAGCUAUCUGAAAUCAAUUCAGUUACUGUCACCAUCGUGGAUAAUGACUCUGCAAUGGUAUCCUUCUCUCCCGGCAGUGUAACAGUGACUGAGUCUGACUUUGUCAACAGCAGUGUGUGUGUGGUGCUGACUUCUCUACCAGCUGGAGGUGCACUAGAGUGUGACAUUGACAUCACCUUGACUCCCCUUCAAGACACGGCAGUAUUGAACGAGGACUUUGAAUAUUUCGAGACUGUAUUGACGAUUCCUGCUGGGACUGCCCUAAACCAGCCUGUAUGUGUCUAUGGACUCCAGUUUGGAAUAGUGGACGAUCAGAUUGUGGAGGACUCUCAAUUUUUCAGUGUUGUGUCCUCGAGUGUGUCCCCUGCCAACACCUUGACUGUUUCUGAUUCCUUCACUGUUACUAUUCAGGAUAACGAUCAUGUUGGGGUGGGCCUGGAGAGGUCAGAGUACAGUCUGGAUGAGGGGACCUCUCAGUCAGUGUGUGUUGUCUUUUCUAGACAGCUGCAACGGCCGCUCUCAUUGAGUAGUGACUUUGAGGACCUCAGAGGGUUGCUCAGAGGUGAACCGAGGUUAGGAGUUCCUGGUCCGUCCUAUCUGAUUGGAGUCGGUGCAAAUUCCUCCAACACAGUGGAGCCAGGGAGUGUGUGUAUGUCUGUAGACAACGUGGAUGACUCAGUGAAGGAAGGCAACAGACUCUCUCUGCUCAGACUGAACAGCUCUGAGACAGCCGUGAUGAUUGGGGGGCAGCAGGCGCUGUUCAUUGAGACUGCUAAUGAUGUUAUCGUGGCCUCUCUGAUAUCUCUCAUUGAAAUGGUGGAUGAAAGUGAUGGAGCAGUGGAAGUGUGUGUACAGCUGAACCACAGGCCCAUGGACACCAUCGUCACGACAACACUCACAACACAACCUUUUACAGCAACAGAAGGAGAAGACUUUGUGUCACUGAAUGUCACCCUGGUGUGGCACUACAACUCUCCCAGCCUCACUCAGUGUGUGAGUGUGGCCAUCAUCAAUGACGAGUGUGUGGAGGAGAAAGAAGAAGUGUUCACCGUCUCUCUGUCCACAGAGGAGGAGUGUGUUGACAUCGGACAAGACAACCAAACUACUGUCACUAUACUGGACAAUGAUUGGCUGCUUGUGGAUUUCAGAGAUCCAUUUGUGGAAGUGGAGGAAUCUGCCGGCAAUGUCACAUUGUGUGUGUACAUCUGUGAUGGAGUGCUCAAAAGAAAUGCAAGUAUCACAUUAGCUACAGAGGAUGCUAUGGCAACUUCUUCAGCUCCUGCAGACUUCAGUGGCUCCUCCUACAAACUAACAUUCACGCCUGAUAAUGCUGAUCAGGACUUGUGUGUGACCAUCGAUAUCGUCGAUGAUAUCGUCUACGAACAGACUGAACAGUUUAUAGCUGUUCUUACAACCAACGACUCGUGUGUAGAGUUCAAGCAAGAGUCCACACCAAUCUCAAUACUAGAUGAUGACUGUGUAACUCUUGAUCUGCAACCUGAAUCGGUUGUUGUAGCAGAAUCAGCGGGAGUGGUUGAGGUGUGUGUCUCUUUGUCUGGAGAGCUGGAGACCAGUGUCAAUGCCAUGGUCUUCACCGUGCCUGGAGAUGCAACAUCUGAAGAUGACUUCUCAUUUGACUCUGUGACUGGUGGUACUGGGAGUAGUCCAGUGACGUUCACCGAGGCUGGGGAGCAGUGUGUUAACAUCUCCAUAGCAAUGGACAACUUGCUGGAAAACUCAGAACAUUUCUCUGUAGUGAUGGGCUCUCGAGAUGACAGAGUGAAAUUGGACAACCGCAUCUCACGAAUCUACAUCAUUGAUAGCGAAAUGGUGAGGUUUGGGUUCUCUCAGAGUGUGUACCCAGUGCCUGAGGAGGACGCUAGUGGAGAGGGUUACAUCUUGGAGGUGUGUGUGGAGCUCUUCUCUGGAGAGCUGGACAGAGAGGUUGUUAUCAGAGUGGAGGGUCAGGAUGGAUCAGCUAUCGGAGGAGAGGACUAUAUUCAAUUGAUGGAAGUCUUGUCAGGGUUGGAGUUUGUUUUUGAACCUUUACUACCACAAACUGCUACUGCACCAAAACCGAUACCUUCAGCAAGGAGGAAAAGACAACUACCUCAAUCAGAGCGGUGUGUGAAUGUGAGCAUUCUGGUCGAUUAUGUGGUGGAGACUGACGAGUACUUUAGUCUGGUACUGAGCAGUGUAGACCCUGGAGUUACUCUCAUGCCAGCCAGCGCUACAGUGGUCAUCUCAGACAAUGACUAUGCAAAUGUGAGUCUGGCCCUAGAUGCUUACAACGUGGCCGAGAGUGACGGCAGUGUGUCUGUGUGUGCUGUUCUGCUCGGAGGGGAGCUAGCCCGGGAAGUGGCCGUCAAUAUUACCACCACUGACACCGCUGGAACAGCUACUGCUGACUCUGACUACACCUCAGUGAUGGACUACACUCUGAGCUUUGCCCCUGGCUCUCCAGUGAACUCUCCGUCAUGUAUCAAUAUUGCAAUCCUUGCGGACAGUGCAGUGGAGGACAUUGAAUGUUUUUAUGUGGAGCUGUCCACCAGUGACCCUGUUAACAUCCUGUCACCUGACAAUGCUCCCGUGUCCAUCUUAGACAAUGACGUGCUUGAAGUCGGGCUCGUUAGUUCCAGUUUCACUGUGAAUGAAACUGAUGGCUAUCUGACAGUUGGAGUUGAGAUUCAGGAGGGUAGUUUGGAGUUGGAACAGAGUGUGUUGAUAUCAACACAAGCUGGAAAUGCUACUCCAGGCCUCGACUAUGAGGAGAUUUUGAGUAUGAUGUUGAUUCUCCCGAGUGGACUGGGAGUUGGAGACGUGGUCUACUUCAAUGUGAACAUCCUCAAUGAUGAGGCAGUGGAAGAGAUGUUUGAGAACUUCACUGUCCACUUGAAUGACACGGCUCGUGUGUCCGUCAUUGGAACUCGCUAUGCUGUUGUUUAUAUUGAGGAGGAUGAAACUGAUGUGGUCAUGGUGACGUUUGGCCUGGCUGAAGUGUUUGUGAAUGAGGGUGACAAUGGAAGUGUGUGUGUCAAUGUCACUGGUCAACUGGAACGACAGGUGGUUAUCAGUGUGUCCAUCUCUGGAGGCUCUGGAGGCUCUGCAAGCACGGCUUUAGAUCAUAAUUUCCCAGCUUCUACUUUGUUCAACUUCAACUCCUCUCCUGACACUUACUGCAUCUCCUUCAAUGCCACUCAAGACGCCAUUUAUGAAAAUGAUGAAACCUUCUCUGUUGGUCUUGACUCCUCUGACCUUCAAGUCAAUACUAGUGCUGUCAGCACAGUCAGCAUUCUUGACGAUGAUGAAGUUGAACUCCAGUUGGUUGUGACCAAUGUGUGUGAGAGUGUUGCUUCUGCCAUGGUAUGUGUGCAGCUGAGGACGGACACUGAGAGAGAAGUCAUGACCACUGUGCAAACAUCUGAUCUCAGUGCUCAGAGUGGAUUGGACUACAUCGCUUCUACACUGACCUUCAGUUUCAACCCAACUCCUGCUGACACAAGGCAGUGUGGAUCUGUGCCUAUAGUUGGUGACACCAUUGUUGAGCCUUGUGAAGCUUUCUACCUUAACCUCACCUCCUCUGCUGAGAGAAGCCGUAUUGUCAACGAUGACCUGCCUAACACUGUGAUCAUCUAUGACGAUGAAGAUGUCGAUGAAUUCCUUCUCUUCAACAACUCUCCAAAGAUUGUUGGUACAAGCCUCACUGUGGACUACAACAUAUCCGGGUGUGCUCAAGUUUUGUGUCAAGUCAGAGCGAGAAUUGACAAAAUUGAUUGUUCUCCCCCUACUGGUAGCUUCACUGGACAAUGGUACCAAGAGACAGUCACUAACAGAAAGACUAUCAAUAGCCUCGCUCUAACUGUUGUGCCAUAUUGCCCCAGUCAAAUUGUUCCAAUAUUUGAAGACAGACGUUUUCGUAUAGAUAACACACAGUGUAGUGUUGUAUUCACUGACCAGCAGUAUGAGGUUGACCCUAAAUCUGGUGACGUGUCUGUGGAGUGGGCCGGAACUGGACCAACUGCUGACUUUCGUGUCAGUGAAUUCAUGUGUCGUCUGCCCGACGGAACAUCUACAAAUUGCACCAGUCCGUUUGUGCUCACUGGUCUAGCUCCAGGUGACCACAUCUUCUCAGUAACACCUCAGCAAAUCAGUAACUCUAGCCUGCUUCAAUGUGGUAGUAAUAAUAGAGGAUUGAUUGGUCAAUUCAUUGUCAUCCGACUCUAAAGAACAAUUUCGUAACUGUGUUAAUGUAUAUGCAAAUCUAUCAGAAGACUGAAUAUUAUUUUUAUAUCAAUAAUUCGAAUUGUUUUAUUCCUAUCUUUAUUUUUAAUCCAUGUUAAUUUAUUUCGCACAAAAAUCAAGCAAAUUUAAAUCAUACAUGACUGUGCUAAUUUUAUCACAACAAAUAAAUAGACAAUGUCACGCAGAGAUCUAUAAUUAUAUCAACUGA